AUGUCUUUCUCCAGCAUUCCCAUUCUCGACCUGUCACAGUCCCGCUUUCCGGAGACCAAACCACAAUUCCUCAUUGACCUCCGCCACGCACUGCUCGAAGUCGGAUUCCUGUACAUUAAAAAUACCGGGAUCCCGCCAUCGCUAGUCGAAGAGGUGAUACAGCUAGGCAAAGCAUUCUUCAACCUGCCCGAGGAAAAGAAAUUGGAAAUCGAGAUGAAAAACGCCCCGAGUUUCCUCGGCUACAACAAACUCGGCAUGGAAAUUACGCGAUUCAAGACCGACUGGCGCGAACAGAUCGAUCUGUCGACUCCCCACCCUGUCCCGGGCCCAAAUGAUCCACUGUACAGGAAUCUGUUGGCACCGAAUCAGUGGCCCGACCCCGAGGCCUUGCCGAGGUUCAGAGAGGUGUAUGAGGAAUACAUGGCCAGGAUGGGGGACAUGAGCAUGGAGUUCACCAGUCUGAUUGCGGAGGCGAUUGGGCUGCCGGCCGAUGCUUUUGCGCAGUUCUUCGAUGAAGCCCAGCAGCACAAGUUGAAGAUCGUCAAGUAUCCGGAUCUGGAGGAGCUUGGUGUCGAAGGAGAGGCGCAAGGCGUCGGACCUCACAAGGACAGCAUGCUGACGAGCUAUCUUUUACAAGCGAGUCAUCAUAAGGGUCUGCAGGUGCAGAAUGCCGAGGGUCAAUGGGUGGAUUGCCCGCCUCUUGACGGUACGUUUGUCGUGGCUAUCGGUCAGGGUAUGGAGGCCUUGACACAGGGAGUAUGUCAGUCCACGACACAUCGGGUGCAGAGUCCCCCACGGGGCUCUGGGGCGCGAUUCAGCAUUCCUUUCUUCCAGGGGGUCAGUUACGAUGCCACGUUUGAAAGCAUGGACGUUCCGGACUCGGUCAAGAAGUUGAGAUCAGACAUUCUGGAGAAGAGAGGCGGUGCGAGGUUGGACGAUAUCGAAUUUACUUUCAUCAAGGGCAUGUGGAGUAGAUUGGGCGAGGCGACAUUGAUGAACAGAAUCAAGAGUCAUCCCGAUGUUGGCGAGAGAUGGUAUCCCGAAUUGUUGAAGAAGAUUCAUACAGACCAGGCUGAAGAAGCGUCCAAAUUCGCUGCGAGGGAAGCUGUUUCAAAAUCCGCAUCAAUUCCCUCUCAACCUCAAUCAAUACAAGCGCAUUGA